AUGGUUAAGGCUGUCGCUGUCGUUCGUGGUGAUUCCACAGUUAAGGGUACUGUUACUUUUGAACAGGCCUCCCCUGAGGACCAAGUCAAGGUUUCUUGGAACAUUACUGGUAACGACCCCAAUGCUCUUCGUGGUUUCCACGUCCAUCAAUUUGGUGACAACACCAAUGGCUGCACUUCUGCCGGUGGUCACUUCAACCCCUACGGUAAGACCCACGGUGCCCCCGAGGACGAGAACCGCCACGCCGGUGAUCUCGGUAACAUUCCAACUGAUGCUGAGGGUGUUGCUGUUGGCUCUAAGAAUGACAGACUUUUGUCUCUUUUCGGUGAGAACUCUAUUCUUGGCCGUUCUGUCGUUGUUCACGGCGGCACUGAUGACUUGGGCAAGGGUGGCCAUGCCGACUCUCUCAAGACUGGUAACGCCGGUGGCAGACCCGCUUGCGGUGUCAUUGGUCUGUCUUCCUGA